AAACAAACCCGUCGUCUGACCUGCCAGUUGUGUCGCGUGCCAAGCUGUGGCGGUCGCGCGUUCCAUUUUUGAAAAUACAAAAAAAGUUAAAGAAAAAUUCGAAUGCUUGUGUGCUCUUUUUGGUCGUUUCAAUAAUUUUGGGGCCCAUGAUUGCGAGUGAAAAGGAUUACAUCAAUCUACAGAUUAGCAGAACAGCUAGAAAAUGAUAAGAGCAGCAGAGUCAUGCGGCUGCCCAGUCCGCGAGGUAGGGCCAUCCAUGGCGGGCUCGUGCAGCAUGUACGGCAGCCAGGUCCUCCUCUUCAUGACGCUUCUGGAGUCCUUCAUCAACGGCCGCUGCGACCUGGCGGACCCCUGCAGUAGAGUCACCAGCCGGGAGGCCCAGGAUGAGGAGUAUGACUUCGUGGUGGUCGGUGGAGGCACGGCCGGGUCAGUGGUGGCUGCGAGGCUGUCGGAGAACCCUCAGUGGAAGGUGCUGCUACUAGAAGCAGGUGGAGACGAGCCCACCCCCUCGUCAGUGCCGGCCUUCGUGACGGCGUACUGGGGCCGCAACGACACCGACUGGAACUACCACACGGAGCCGCAGGAGCGGGCCUGUCUGGGGGAGGGGGGGAAGUGCUCGUGGCCUAGGGCUAAGAUGCUUGGCGGAUGCUCAGUAAUCAACGGCAUGAUGUAUAUGCGGGGGCACGCCGCCGACUACGACGGCUGGGCCAUCAACGGCGCCGCCGGCUGGUCGUGGUAUGACGUCAUGCCAUACUUCCUCAAGAGCGAGGAUAACAAGGAGAUCGGGAAUGGGGUGUCGUCCCAGUAUCAUAAUACUGGCGGGCCGUUGCCGGUGCAGAAGUUCCGUCACGCGCCUCAGUUCGCGCACGACGUGGUGUCAGCCGCCAUCGAGCUCGGCUACCCGCCCACCAGCGACCUCAACGGAGAGACCAUCACCGGCUUCACCAUCGCACAGACCAUGAAUGACGGAGGCUCCCGCUUCAGCACCUCCCGAGCGUUCCUCCGGCCGGCCUCGUACCGGGACAAUCUGCAUGUGGCGCUCAACGCGCUCGGCUCCAGGGUCCUGGUGGACCCCGUGGACAAGAAGGUCACCGGCGUCGAGUUUGUACAGAAUGGGGAGACCAAGACUGUGAAGGUUAAGAGGGAGGCAAUUCUAUCCGGCGGAACCCUCAACUCGCCGCAAAUCCUGUUGCUCUCCGGUAUAGGCCCCAAGGAAACCCUGGACAAGUUCAACAUCCCCACAGUCGUGGACCUGCCAGGCGUCGGCCAGAACCUCCACAACCAUGUGGGGGUGGAGUUGGAGUUCACGCUGAAUAAAGAAGCUGAUUCCAAGGAGCUGACCUGGGCGACCGCUAUGGACUACAUGCUGAGACGCGAGGGGCCGCUGUCUUCUACUGGGAUGUCUCAGUUGACCGGCAUAGUGAACUCCCGUCUAGCAGCGGCGGGCGGCCGGCACCCCGACAUACAGUUCUUCUUCGGGGGAUACUACGCGUCGUGCGGCGAUGGUACAGACAACGACCCGGAGGCCAGCUCUAAGGAGAAGAGAUCUGUUUCCAUAAGUGCCAUCUCCCUGCAGCCGCGCAGCCGGGGCUACCUGACCCUGCAGUCCACGAACCCCGCCGACCCGCCGCUCAUGCAGCCCAACUACUUCCUGGAGACUCACGAGAUGGAGGUGCUGGUCGACGCAGCGAAGAUCGCUUACAGACUCGCUAAUACUACGAUAAUGCGUGAGAAGUACGGCAUGGCCCCCACAGAGGGCUACGGCUCGGACUGCCCCGGCGGCCCCGAGUCAGACGAGUACUUCCGCUGCCUCGCGCGGAGACACACGGCUCCGGAGAACCACCAGGUCGGGACGUGCAAGAUGGGCCCGAGUAGCGACCCGAUGGCGGUGGUCGAUAUGACGCUUAGUGUUCAUGGGGUUAAAGGUCUACGUGUCAUCGAUGCCUCUAUCAUGCCGACUGUACCUUCAGGCAACACGGCAGCCCCCACCAUCAUGAUAGCGGAGCGAGGAGCAGAGUUCAUAGUGACCAGACACCAGCUCUCCAAGUCGAAGCCAGCUGGCGACCAGUUGGGCAACCGCUUCGGCACACAAGAGCCCUGGGCCACGGGACCGCCGCUGCCUACUACUGGGAAUGACAAGCCUAAAGAGGAUACUACUAAUAGAUGGGGCUUCCACGGCUACGGCAGCGAGAAGCCGUCAGACCGGUUCCCGACCCCAAACUACCAGGACAACAAAGCUGACAAGGAGAACCGGUGGAAGCCCUGGGAGAAGCACUGGGACCACCCCCACUGGCACACUAAACACGGUCCCCACGACCAUGACGGCGAUGACUAUGGGGACUAUGAGGAUUGGCAUCAGCAUCACGCGCCGAGUCAGAAAAGGCCAGAGAAGACUAAAGUUGAGGUGGUUAAAGCCAGGGAUUAUGUUUUGCAGCGGUAGGGUUAUAGGUUUUGAGACGAAAUAUCCUGGAGUGAAUAUAAUGGGAGAUAUUUGAUAGCGGGACGCAACGAUGUUUUAAAUUUGAGUAAAAGAGAAGACCAUAUUUUGUAUGUACUUCUUUGAUAUAAGAAUCUGUCAAAUGUUAACCAUUAUAUUGACUCUACUUUAGUGCUUAUAACGCGAAUCACAGUACAAUUGAGAUUCUUUAAUAGUGGGAUAGGUUUGUUGUAAAGCAUUUAACAGUAUUCAGUGUCAUAAUUUAAAUACAGUGCAAAUAGUAGAAACUAUGAUUUUAGGGGAAUCACAUUUAUGUUUGUUAUGUACUUAAUGCAAUUUAUAUACUGAAAUUGAGCCAUUGUGUUUUCCUGGCCUCACAAAUAAGUAUAAGAUCAGAUGAUAAUUAUGCAUAGAUGCAGAAAUGAUGUAAUUAAAAUUCCAAUGUUAUACGAGAUUUAUUUGAAAGACGUGUUAGUCUUUCCCAAAUUCGUAUGUAUUAAGGUUUUAUGUUUUGGUAGGCUGUGUAAACCUAGAUAUGUGCCUUUGCACAUACAACUGUGAUGAUCAUUGUUUCUAAAUAAUAAUGAUUUAAAUAAUCGAAUAAACUACUUUUUAGAUAACA